CCACUAUCUCCCCCUUGUGGCAAUGCCACGCAAUUACAUUGUCCAUAACGCUAAAUGAAAAGUGCAAUACCACCAUAAAAUCAGGUCUUUUACAUCAAAAACAAUUCACAACAAAAUUACAAUUGUGACCAUACACUUGUGGGCGUCACACAAACAUUUACAUUUUUUGAUUUUGGUUUCUGUUUUUUGCUGUUAACCUUGUUUUUUAUGCGCCUUUCUUUCUUUCCCUUUGUUAUUGUGAGCAGAAAACAAAGAACAACUACUUGAGGUACUUCCUGGGUGUUCUCAAGGAAAACAACGUGGACAGUCAGAAGAUCGGGGAGCUGAAGAGCGCAAUAAGGAUGUCCAUUCCUAAUGAGGAAUCUACAGCCACUGACUGCACUUUGGGAUUCAUAAACCGUGUGACUCUCGUUAAUCUAAUAUUCCCCUUAAACUAUGAUAUAAAUCAGUUCACCAGCUGCCUCAAUUCCACCAUUGUCAAAGACAACUUGGAUGCCCUCGUUAACCAGGUGCAGGAGCAGAACUACACAAAGAUUGUUCUCAGCAAGUUGCGAGAGGCUUACAGUGCCAGCGGCAUCAUCCCAGAAGAUCAGGUUCAGAUCUUAGGAGCAAUGUCCCGUAGUGCAACAAUGGAAGACAUCAACAUGUGGAGUAUUAUUCAGAUCGACACACUCGCUUCUUUGAUGGAUGCUUCAAAUGGGCCGUGGGACCCGGUUCUGGCCAAAGCCAUCAUCUCCAAGUAUCUGAGUGUAAAGGGGAACAGUCUCAGCAGUGUGGAGCUCAACGCCAUUGGAGGACCAAACCUGUGCGCCCUGGAUGUUGUUGUUAUCAGGAACAUUUCGGUUGGAAGCAUCAAGAACGCCGAUGCUCUGGACAUAUCCAGCUGCACCACUGAGAAAAAGCAAGAACUGUUUUCCCUCGCAUAUGAAGCAUUUAUCCCAAUCACCCGCUCAAGCACUAUCUCCACUACCAGUUACCAGCUCAUACAAUCUUACCUACCGGGUGCAGAUUUUAGGUUUAUCCAAGACUUAGUGUCUGCCAAUAUCAGUAUGGACGUCCCGAUCUUCACUGGGCUGCUUGAGAGUGUUAUACAGAACCUGACUGUUAGUGAUGUUAAAGGUCUUCUUGGCACCAACCUCCCACUUUUGAAGUCAUAUGAAAAUGUGACAGUGGUGCAAACCUGGAUCCGUUCACAGUUUCAGUCUGAACUUAAUGGCCUGGGAGUGGGGCUUACAGGAGGCAAGGUUAGCCCCACCACCACUACACCGGGUACAUCAUCAACAACAACAUCAGGGACAACUUCAACAACAACAUCGGGACAACUUCAACAACAACAUCGGGGACAACUUCAACAACAAAAUCAACAACUGGAUCCAACAGCACCACGGGCAAUGCUCCUCCAGUCCGAGACGCUGGCUUCUCUUUCUUCGCUCUUCUUGUACUCCUCAUCACUUCUCAGUAUGUUGUAAUGUAAAGACAACUUUUCUCAUGGAAGAUUAUUGGAAUAUGAAUUAUAAAAUGGUAGAUAACUGGAUAAAGGCUUGAAAUAAUUUUUUUGUUUUAAUUUAUCAUUAAUAGAAGGAAAUAAUGUUAAACAGAAGGGCAUUUGCUUCGUUCCUUGUAACGCUCGCUAUGAACAAAAUAGUGCAGGUGCAAUAAGACAAAUUGUAAAUGAUGUAUUUUUGAUUACUAAAUCUUCCUGAAACCUUUUCAUGAACUAUUUCUAAGGUCAUAUUUUUGCUUUAUUUGUUUUCUAUUUUUUUUAUUGUUCCAUUUAAAUUAAGAUAUUUAAAAGGAUGAGGACUCAACAGAAAAAUGACAGGUUCGGGUGACGGGUAACAGUUUUCAUGAUAGCUCUUUCUUUAUUCAGUCUUACUAUGAAAAUGUAUUUGAGAGAUCAAUAAUAAACACAUUUUAAACAGCCUUAAAA